AUGGAACAAGUUAUCAAAUUAAAUGACCUAAAGAACAGGAAGAGGAGAAACACAGAAGAAGAAGAAGAAAAUGGCACUGAUGAAUCUGAAAUUGACAUUAGCAGUACCGAUUCAGAGGACGAAGAAGAGCGAAAUGUGGAAGAAGAAAUUGUAAAUAUUGAUUUUGACUUUUUUGGCGGUAAUCCAGACGUAGAUUUUCAUGCAUUGAAGAACUUGUCACGUCAACUGUUCGGUCCUCAAGAAAGCACAAGGAUUCAACUAAGCAGUUUGGCAGAUUUAAUUUUAGGUUCCCCAACCACCACAAUCAAAACUGACGGUAAAGAAUCUGAUCCAUAUUGUUUUCUUUCUUUCGUUGAUUUCAAAGCUAACCGCAAUAGUGACUAUGCGAAAUAUUUACAAAAAGUGGACAUGAGACUCUCUACUUUCUUCAAAACCAUUAGUGAUAGUGGUAAUAAAAACUGCGCCUUGGUUAUCAGUGAAAGGCUGAUUAAUAUGCCGCCGGAAGUCGUCCCACCUUUAUAUAAGAUUACAUUGGAGGACGUCACUGCAGCACUUGGAGAUGAUAAACAUUAUGAUUUCUAUGUCAUCGUUACCAGAAAAUAUGAGGUAAAUUUUGACACUGAUGAUGAUGCAGGGUCUGGUAAAAAGGAUAAGAACAGGGAUGAGAGAUCAAAGAAGAGGGUAAAGGCUGACGAAGUGGACUACUUCCACGAGGAAGAUAGAUUUUUCGAGAAGCAUGCCAAGAUUCACUUUGAAUCAGAAGCUAAAAGGGGUGUUAUCAGCUCAUACAUGAUUCUUGAUCAUGAAGGACUCGUGAAAGGCAUCAAUGAAUUGGAAAGUGAAAUCUCUACCUGGUAA